CAGCGAAAUCAGCUUUCAGCUUUGUGAUUCUGAUCUAAUUUGUUAUUCAUCUGAUUAUUCUUCAGUUUUGAAAAAAAACUAGGGCAACCAGAAGUUUUAUGUUCAGCAGCCACUUCCUUGAGCCGUUGGCGAGAUUAGAAAUGCAUCCUACAGGAUUCGUAUUGUUAUGGAGUUGUCUCUUUUUCUCGAUAUCAGCUGGCAAUCCUAAAUUUACUACAUACGCCGUUCAACAGAUAAAGACCGGAAAUACGCGCAUUUCGCCUUCCGGCGACGACGUAUCUGUGAAAUGUCCUUCAGACGACACCCUCUUCCAUGGUAGGGGAAACUGUUCGAAGUCAGUCCAUGAUAACCAGAAAUUGCGCGGAAAACGACUCUUCAUUCCCACUACAUCCAAUGCAACCCACAACCAACGGCAUCUGGACAAAGAUGGGCUUAAAAUCAAAGAUCUGGGUGUUCUGCAUGAUUACAAAACAUCCUCCACGACGGAACCAUCGCAACUGAUUCACGUAUUUCAUACGAAAACUCCGAAUAUUCUAAUUGGCAAAUUCGUGAAAUCUUUUACAAUCAAUGGCGUCGUCCAACGCACUUUCACCUUGGAUGCCACAUCCGACGCGGAAGUGGUCGCUGUUGAUUCACACAGUGUGCCGACGCAGGAGACCACUUAUCUGGCCAUCGCCCAGCACGAAACACACCCGUCAGCAUCCUUCCGUAGUGUCGUCCUGGUGUACGCGAUAACGAUGCGCAAUGCGUACUCGUUAUUUUCCCGCAUCCAGGUGAAAUCGCUGGUUACCGAUGUAAAAGUGUUCUCGGAUAACGAUGGAACAUUAUUCCUGGCCACGACACAGCGCGCUGUGCGGUGCAAUGAAGAUUUCGUGUCCGAAUGCGGCUUGAGUCUGAUAUAUCGAAUAUGUGUUAACGGGAAGGCUGAAGUUUUCAGCGUGGCGCAGCUGGGCAAUGCGACGCACGUGGAAGUUGUUCCCCAUUUAAAUGGCCACGAUUUCUCCAUGCUGGUGUCGAAAUGCGGCGUUCCAGUUCAAGACUUGGAGCGGUGCCGGAUGCUGCAUCACGUGGAGCGAUCUGGAAGGAUGCCAUUGAGUUUCUUUGCACAGGUUUCCUGUAAUCCGAAAAAUGCCGAACUCUUCCGGUUCUCUGAUAAUUUGUAUUACAUCGGACCCGAUCCCAAGUGCCAGGAGCAGCAGAUAUCUUUAUGGGAUUAUGACAUGGAAUUAGCGCCGUUGAAUAUUUUUCCGGGCGAAGUGGAGAAAUGGUUUGUGAUAGACAGCCCUUCUCGCGAUUGCGGGUGCAAUUUGAUUAUUGCGGCCGUUGGAAAAGAGGAAACCGUGCUUUAUGGUUUGGAAUCUCCCGAAAAACAGUGGAGGAAGUUGUUCUCGCAUCCUGAUUUGCCUAUGGAUUAUUUGUGGUCGUCGGGAAGGCAUAUGUAUAUUGUUGUCCGUUCCGCGGAUGAAAUAACACUUUUACGGUUGACUUGUGUACGGCAGAACAACAAAGAUCGCCGCGAUUUCGACGAUGUCUCCGAUGUGGCAAGUUUGCCACUGGAACAUGUAAUUGGUAACAAAAGCCUUCAAGGAAUCGUUGACGAUAGUCACGCAGUCACUCUGGAUGAAGUUAAUGAGCCGCUCUACAUGGUCGAUGGUGUUUCCGGCCAAGAUCAUACGACCGUAUCUCCGUCUGUUUAUACCGAAACCGUUGCUGUUCUGUCUGGUGAUCGAACACGUAGAUUGGAAAAUGCGCACCUUACAGAUGGACCGACUACCGGGGCGCCAGCUAUGGAGAGCGGCAGUUUAUCUCAGCUGACUUCAGUCGCUGAUCACAGUGAACUGAGUAACCCGGUGGCUGUUUCUGGUGAUACAAAGUCUUUGACGAGUGAUUCCAGUCCCGAUGACGCAUUGAAUCCAGAAAUUGAGAGUUCCGGUUGUCAUAUCGAUACGGUGGAGCGGAAAGGGCAUCUGAACCUUUAUUCACCAUUCUCCAGCAUCGUUGAAGUCAAAUCGGGAUCCGUUCUCGUUGUCCCGCCAACCAUGGAAGAUCCCUGCUAUAAUCUUUUUGAAUUCAGCUCACACAACGAUCUGGGUGUGCUGGCCAGUAGCCGCAGUAAAUUCUGUGAUCAAGUUUCGCGAUCUGUCAGUCCGGGUACUAUGAUGCAUUCUAAGAGCGCUGCGCAGAGUAAUGCCGGCAAUAUUUACAUUGUUUCAUCCUACGGGGAUGUUUUGGAAUUCGCGUCAGUAAUUAAGGAUAAUGCUGUAUUCGAUAUUAAACGAGCGAAACCCGGGGUAAAUUUCACAUCGUUAGCCAUUCGAGUGUGUGAAGGAUUCCCGACAGCAUGCGCUGUAGUGCGUAACUGUCGUGGCGCUGAACCCGAUGGAUCAACUGGUUGCACGGCGGAUCUCAGAUGUUAUCGAAUGUUUAAACUUACGUGGUUACCGGUGAUAACCAUUAACGUUUCCGUCGACACCACCAUACACAUGGAAACUUACCUCAAAUCCGAUCAGUGUAUGCUGAUUACGGAAAGCUCCUUUAAGCGGUCAGUCGUCGUACGCUUCUACAAAAUGCGGUCCACGCUUAAAGAGUUGGAUAUGUCCGAGCCGUUGGAGGUGCGAAUGUGCGCCGACCAUGCUCUGCAAACCAUCGCCAUUCAACGCUCCAUCUGGCUCACCGGAGCCGUGCCUGAUUUGAAUGGACACUGUGUGCAUUCGCUUUUCGAGCUUGUUUUGGAGCCAGAUCAGCUGGAAACAAGAUUAUCGUUGCAAAUGGAUCGUGCAGUUCUGUUUACCUCCAAAAAUACCGUAUGCUGCAAUGGGGAGAUUCUGAUUAUUCAGGACUAUCUGCGACCGAAUCUCAUUCGCUCCUAUUUGAUGCGGAAAGGCUUUGCUGAUUUACAGCAGGUGUCUUUUGCGGACCAGUUAUUGGAUUACUCAGGACGCAUCAGUUUCUUUCUGGUGGACGAACAACAGUUUCUUAUGGUGAGAAAUGGUACGGCCGGUUAUAUUUACGAAAUCCAGUGUGCGUUUGUGGAGCAUGAUGAUGAAGUAGUCCCGUGAUAGCAAUAACUGAUGCCUUGUUAUGAUGGAUUACUAUUGGAGGUAAUAUAAUCUGUGAUGAUUCUACCGGUUUUUUAGACGGAAGUUGAAUAUUUUUGUUCCACAUAAUCUUGCGAGUGGUUGUAACAUUUGUUGUUUUUUACAAGUUAGUAACUGUCGAAAAUCGUAUUUAAAAAUGUUUAGCUGCUGGUAUUGUUUAUAAGAAUUUGCAAAAGCUGUGAACUGAUCAAUUUAUUUUCGCGUUUUUAUGAACAAGAGCGCAGUACAUUGUUCUCUCAAUUGAUGCGCUGCAAUUACAAACUCCAUAUUACAAUUUAUGUAUAUCGACGCCAGUUUCCCAGAGGCAUGCACCAGAGGGUAAAGAAAAAAUAAAAAUGUGCCGAAGCUAUGAACGAAUAGUUAAGUUUACAAGUUCUGGUCUGUGUACGCGUACUUUGUAUUUCA